GCGGUUUUGUCAAGCCGAUUGAUAUAUUUUACAAAUAAUGAUCAAAGUAUGUUAAAAGGUUAUCUUCUCGGUAAGCAAUGCUUAGCAUUGCGUUUGCAUGACUAGCGCGUCUGACGAGGUCACCUUCACAAGCGCGUUGAAUCAGUAUGAGUGGAGAGCCGCAAGCGAAACGUCCAAAAAUGAGUGAAUUAGAUCAAUUAAAGCAAUAUUGUACAGUGGUAGCAGACACUGGGGAUUUUGAAGCUAUGAAAGCUUACAAGCCCACUGAUGCUACCACAAAUCCAAGUCUUAUCCUAUCUGCAGCUGGUAUGGAACAGUACCAACAUCUAUUAGAUAAGGCUAUUAAACACGGAAAGGAUUCUGGCAGUAAUGUUGAGGAGCAGGUGGCAGAGACUCUUGAUAUGUUGAGUGUUUUGUUUGGUUGUGAAAUUCUCAAAAUCAUUCCUGGUAGAGUUUCUGUUGAAGUAGAUGCAAGAUUGUCCUUUGAUAAGGAUGCUAGCAUUGCAAAAGCCAUUAAGUUGAUUAAUAUUUUUGCUGAGUAUGGGAUUAAGAAAGAGAGAAUUUUAAUCAAAUUGGCUUCCACAUGGGAAGGAAUUCAAGCUGCAAGAGAAUUGGAAAAAAAACAUGGUAUCCAUUGUAAUCUGACUUUAUUAUUCUCUUUAUAUCAAGCUAUUGCUUGUGCUGAAGCUAAUGUUACACUCAUAUCUCCAUUUGUUGGACGAAUUUUGGAUUGGUAUGUGGAACACACGAAAAAGACAUACGAGGCGAAGGAGGACCCGGGUGUGGUGUCAGUGACGCGGGUGUUCAACUACUACAAGAAGUUCGGGUACAAGACGCAGGUGAUGGGCGCCUCGUUCCGCAACAUCGGCGAGAUCCGCGAGCUGGCCGGCUGCGACCUGCUCACCAUCAGCCCCAAGCUGCUGCAGGAGCUGGCCAAUAGCAACCAGCCACUCAAAAAAGUACUUGAUCCUAAACUAGCUGCUCAAAGUGAUAUCGAAAAAAUAUCCCUGUCUGAGGCUCAAUUCCGUUGGCAUCUCAAUGAGGACCAGAUGGCGACUGACAAACUAUCAGACGGCAUAAGGAAAUUCGCUGCUGACACCAGAAAGCUGGAAUCUCUCAUCAAAACGCUCCUAGCUAAAAAGUAAAACUCACAAAUUAAGUUUAAGAAUAAGUGUUUUCCGGAUUAAGUACAUUGUUAUUUACGUACAUAAUGUCGUCAACUUGCAAUUAUAUAUUUUUAAAUAUGUGUUAAAUGUCAAGGAUAUUACCUUAUGAGUCACAUUUUGAAGUCGUGAAUAUUUCUUUGAGUAUGUUCAUUUUUCAAUAUCUAUGUACUGUCGUAUAUUGUGUAAUAUAAAUAUUAUAUACACUACUAAAUAUUUAUUUCUGAAUUCUAUUGUUAUAUUGCGUGUUACUUACAUUUGGUUGUUAAAUAACUAUUAAAGUAAUAAUGUGUAAUAAACGAUGUGAUAUAAUCACACGUUGUUGAUAUUAUAACUUAUCAUAUUUGGAGAACUGAUAAAAUGGGACCACAAAAUUUAUGUAAUCAUUCCAAAUUUUUUAUAUCUUUGUUACUUUUUAUGGGAAAGGUAUUUAUACAUUUUCUGAUCAUAAAUAAAAAAAAUAAAAUUGG